AUGUAGUAGGCAGAGAGGUUUACCCAGAGUACAUCCGUGUGAUCAGAUGAACAUGGGGCUGGGGAAACAGGCCAUCGCUGGACUGUAAACAAGAGGAAAUUUUGGGAUUAGAUCGGCAUUGUACCAUGCACGUGUGAAAUGGUCUCAAUGUUGAUAUAUUGGAUCGCUUCAUCUGCUUCAUUGAUGACUACAAGGCGACAGAUUGAGUGCAACACAUCCAAUUGCAUUCAUAAACAUUUCUAUAGGACUUCAAACCCCUGAGAGCAUUUCAUUGUUUUGGAUAUUUAAACUAAAAAGCCCUGUUGUAUUGUGGAUGACAUCCUUUCACGACCAAAUGGCUGCACCUGGAAAAGUGAAACGGAGUAAUGAUCUGCUUCGAGGCGUUGAGAGGCUAAAAGAGGAGCACAGGAAGGUGGUGAAAGAUUGCAGAGGUCAAAUUGAGCACUGGAAAAAAGUGGAAAAAGAUUACGAAUCUCUUCAGGACCGUCUCAGGACCUUGCCUGACAAGCUGUCAUAUGAUAUUAUGGUACCAUUUGGUCCCUUGGCUUUCAUGCCUGGAAAGCUAGUUCACACUAAUGAGUUAACUGUGCUCCUUGGGGAUAACUGGUUUGCAAAGUGUUCUGCCAAACAAGCCGACACUCUUGUAGAACACAGAAAGAAACAUGUAAAGAAUGCACUAGAUGAUUUACAGAAAACAAUGAAGAACUUUCAGAACAGAGCUGACUUCACAGUUGAUCUUGAAAAAUUGACUGGUGGCACUGGAGAUUUUGUAGACAUUAGAGAAGAGGUGGUAAACGAGGAAGAAGUUACCAAAGGAAAGCAUCGGUUGGCCCACAAACCCAACUCUAAACCAAAGCAGGAUUAUGUGCUGAAACUGAAGGAGAAUAACAAAGGAGAGGGGGAUGAAGGGAGCAAGAGAGGAGUGCUGUCUGAGGAGGAGCUGUGGGCUCGACUUGAUGAAUUGGAGCGUCAGGAGGAACUACAGGAUGAGAGAUGCCGAUUGGACAGCACAGACACUAAUGGAGAAGACACCACUUCCUCUUCAUCAGAGGAAGAAAAAGCAGAGAGUGACAGUGUGCAGGUUAAUGGCCAUCGAAAGGAAAAUGGCUGGGUAUCAUCAUCUCACACAAGUCAGAUGAACGGCACCAAUGGGUCAUAUCUUGAGGAGGUGGAAGAGGAGGAUUGUGAGGAAACAGGCAACAGUCUUCCAACUAUCUACUUUUCUCACACUGUGGAACCCAAAAAGGUCAGAAUAAACACAGGGAAGAACACCACUCUAAAGUUCAGUGAGAGAAAAGAACAAAAGGAGCAAGCCAAACGAAAAAAGAAAAAUGGGAAAAGUAACGGCCAUUCUCUUCUUGAAAAUUACAAGAUCACCAGCCCAGCAGACAUUUAUAGGGUGUUUGUGGACUUGGUGAAUGGAGAGCCAAUACCACGGAAGUCCAUUUUGAAGUCCCGAAGCCGUGAGAACAGCGUGUGCAGUGACACCAGUGAGAGCAGCACCGCAGACUUUGAAGAGCGCCGUGUGGCUUUCGGGCGAUCACUGAGCCAUGAUGAUGCCACACACAGUGACACCAGUGAUGGCAUCACAGAGGAGGACAGUCCUACAGGCAGCAGCCCCCACACCAAUGGACGCUUUGAGGCUUUUACAGGCACAGUGAUUGAAAAGGAUCCCUUGCCUUCCUCAAUCCCACACCUGACCAUCGCCCCUCCUGCCUUACCCACAAUCCCAGAGAGGAAGCUGGAGGAGGUGGGCACAGAAAUGCCUCAGGAGGCCCCUAAAAGGAUGUCCAAGUUUAAAGCUACACGGUUGCAUCAUAAAUGAAAGCUAAUCUUACCAAGAUCCAGCUAUGCUUUUUUUUUUUUUUAAUCCCCUCUUUGUACAACUGUAACACUUGUAGACUGGAUUUCUGUUUUUUUGGUUAUCGUUUUUCCCCUCACUUGCAGUCCUCUACCUUUAUCCUCCAAGCUGCCUCUGCAUUAUUCUACUUGUGUCUAAUUGUUUUGGGUUUUUCUUCAGUGUGAUAUGCAUCCCUGAAAUUGUAUUUGCUUUAUAAGAGCAAUGUUAUAUGAUUUGCCUGACAGUUUGCAUUUUAGGCCAAAUGGUUUGAUUUAGUAGAGACAGGCUGCAUAUUUUGGUAUCUUCUGUGUGCAUUACUUUGACAAGCAAUAAAAAAAAGAAAUAAAAAAAAAAGAAAAUAAGUGUGACAUCAAGGCCUCACACUACUGUCAUUGUGAUGUGGUCUAUGAUGUAAAAUGUUUGUAAAUGCAGCUUUUUCAAAUUUAUUGUUGGUGUUAAUUUACGUGCUGAUUUGACUUCGGCAACUAAAUAUCUGCCAAUUUUCAUCAGCUUCAAAAAGCACUUUUUAUUCUCUGAGCUUUUACUUUGAUUCUCCUUUAUCACCUGUUUUCUAUGUUUUUGUAUUGUUUUGGCUUUGUUUCUCUGCCCUUUUAAUGUAUAUCCUCCAUGGCCCCUUUUUUUGUGACUGCCAGGAAAAUAUUGAUGUAACUAAAAAAAGAAAUAAAUGAUUGACUAUA